AGGAGUCUUACCCUAAUGUAAGAUGGUGGCCCGUCUGGCUGUGGAACCCACCGAAAGCUGAGAGUCUCUCUCUCAGCCGUAAAGGUCGGACUCGCUGAAGCAAUCAGGCCCGUUUCUGAAGAGUUUUUUCCCCGACACUCGUUCAGUGGUCUCUUGUGAGGACGCGGCAACGCGUGGAAUCGGAUAAGGGAAAAGCGAGGCAAGGCAGGCGGGUCUUCGAAGUUCUACAGUUUAGUUCCUAGCGCUGAACCUCCUUCUCCCUUAAAUUAUUAUAAACUUUUGCUGCUGUUUAAUAAACGUGAAGAUGUCUCGCAGUCCUGAUGUGAAGGAAGACCCUGUGGAAUGUCCUCUUUGCAUGGAGCCCUUGGAGAUAGAUGAUAUCAACUUUUUCCCUUGCACCUGUGGCUACCAGAUUUGCCGAUUUUGUUGGCAUCGAAUUCGCACUGAUGAAAAUGGGCUUUGUCCUGCAUGCAGAAAGCCAUAUCCAGAAGACCCAGCAGUUUAUAAACCACUCUCCCAGGAAGAACUGCAAAGGAUAAAGAAUGAGAAAAAACAGAAACAAAAUGAGAGAAAACAGAAAAUAUCAGAAAAUCGCAAACAUUUGGCUAGUGUACGUGUUGUACAAAAAAACCUCGUCUUUGUUGUAGGUCUGUCUCAGCGCCUAGCAGACCCAGAGGUUUUAAAACGACCAGAAUAUUUUGGGAAGUUUGGUAAAAUACAUAAAGUUGUCAUCAAUAAUAGCACAUCAUAUGCAGGCUCACAGGGUCCAAGCGCCAGUGCUUACGUAACCUAUAUCCGGUCGGAAGAUGCUCUCAGAGCCAUACAGUGUGUCAACAAUGUGGUGGUAGAUGGCAGAACACUUAAGGCAUCUCUAGGUACAACAAAAUACUGCAGUUACUUCUUAAAGAAUAUGCAGUGUCCAAAGCCUGACUGCAUGUACCUACAUGAAUUGGGGGACGAGGCGGCCAGCUUCACAAAAGAGGAAAUGCAGGCGGGUAAACACCAAGAAUAUGAACAGAAGCUACUUCAAGAGUUAUAUAAAUUAAACCCCAAUUUUCUUCAGCUGUCUACGGGUUCAGUUGAUAAGAAUAAGAACAAAGUGACACCACUGCAGAGGUAUGAUACCCCCAUUGAUAAACCUUCCGAUUCUCUCAGCAUAGGGAAUGGUGAUAAUUCCCAGCAGAUAUCUAACAGUGAUACACCUUCACCACCACCUGGUUUAUCAAAAUCCAAUCCAGUCAUCCCCAUCAGUUCAUCCAAUCACAGUGCACGGUCUCCUUUUGAAGGGGCAGUAACUGAGUCACAGUCAUUAUUCUCAGACAAUUUUCGCCAUCCCAACCCUAUCCCAAGUGGGCUUCCUCCUUUCCCCAGUUCCCCACAGGCAUCCAGUGACUGGCCUACAGCACCAGAACCACAGAGCCUCUUCACAUCAGAAACAAUCCCAGUAUCGUCUUCUACAGACUGGCAAGCAGCAUUUGGCUUUGGUUCUUCUAAACAACCAGAGGAUGACUUGGGUUUUGAUCCCUUUGAUGUCACUCGAAAAGCCUUAGCAGACCUGAUUGAAAAGGAACUGUCAGUCCAAGACCAACCUUCCCUUUCGCCCACAUCUCUUCAGAACUCCUCUUCACACACUACAACCGCCAAAGGUCCGGGCUCUGGAUUCCUGCAUCCUGCUGCACCUGCAAAUGCCAACUCGAGUCUCAAUAGUACCUUUUCAGUCUUGCCACAGAGGUUCCCUCAAUUUCAGCAGCACCGAGCGGUUUAUAAUUCAUUCAGUUUUCCAGGCCAGGCAGCCCGCUAUCCUUGGAUGGCCUUUCCACGCAAUAGCAUCAUGCACUUGAACCACACAGCAAAUCCCACCUCAAAUAGUAAUUUCUUGGACUUGAAUCUCCCGCCACAGCACAACACAGGUCUGGGAGGGAUCCCUAUAGCAGGGGAAGAAGAGGUGAAGGUUUCGACCAUGCCACUGUCAGCCUCUUCCCAUUCAUUACAACAAGGACAGCAGCCUACAAGUCUCCACACUACUGUGGCCUGACAACAGAACUGAGAGGAGAGGAUUAGACUCUGGGGUGCUUGCAUGGGCAACCGGAUUUUUGCAUGACUCCUUUCUGAUUUUGCAUUUAAUGUAUACACCCAAAAGAGCCAAUAUAAACGUUCCUCAUGCCUACAACUAGUGUGUUACCUCAUAGUUGCUAAAGUAUUUCUUCAUUAGGCCUUUAACACAAUUUAUUAGCAUAAUAAUUUUGGCAUUGUUUCUCAUGAGUGAUACUAUUUUUUAACUCACACAAAUAAACUUGUAGUACUAUAAUUAAGAUCCCAGAUGAGAUUAGCUAGAAUUGUUAUUUUGGCUCUAUUAAUUGAAAAUAUUCAAAGAUAAUGGUAGUUCCUUGUUUUCUGAUUUGUGAAAAAAUGGUAAUAUCCUAAUAUAUUCAUGAAAAUUUGAAAAUUAAGAAGAUAAUGUCUUGCAUUCUUUGAAUACUUGAGAAGAAAGAAUACAUAUAAAACAAAAUUGGUGGUGUCAUUUAAUGCUCAGAAGAAUGUUGUCAGCAAUUGUUUGUAGUUGUAUGGAUUUAUCCUAUAUUAUGCAUUACAUGUUUAGAAACUGUCUUUGUUCUCUCUGAUUUGCACAUUUGCACUUUCUUUUUGAAUGGUUGUUAAUUAUAUAGAGACGCUUAAGAGAUAAUUAUUAUAGACUAAAUGCAAUAUAAUCUCUUUUCUAAUGCACUGCCUAGUAUACCGGGAAAUUGCCUCAGAAACAGAAUUUCAACUUACAGUUGAUUUAUCAGAAACUUGAAUAUGGGGUAAAUAUUGUAUGUGAGAAGCAACCAUAGUAGUGUAACAUUUUUAUUGGAAAAAUGGUAGUUCUGUGGGAUAUUUGUUUGGAAAUUUCAUUGUUUCACAAUUGAAGUGUGAUAAUAAAACUAUAUUACAAGUACCUGACCAGAAUGAGACUAAGGUGGAAGAGAAGAGAUUGGGGAUCCUCUAAAAUUAGGCCACGUAAGUUGUCAUAGGUAAUUUUAGUUAAUCACAGAGAAUAGUGGUGUACUUUAUUAGGCUAUAAUGUUGAAGUGAUGUUUUUGGAUAAUAGACAAUUUCUUGAAAUAGUUCUAAAGCUGAUAAUGAAAGAAAAUAAACUGAAUUCAGUUCUGAGCAUUAGACAAAAGCUGGUUCAGAAAACAUGACUAUGUUCUGCCUAAAUUAAGCAUCUGGGAAAAAAGGGGAAAGUCAGAUCUCCUCUUGAGAUUUUAAAAAAAAACAUUGUGAUAUAAAAGAUACGCCUUAAUUAAAAAAAUAUUAAAAGAGUAGCAUGAAUACCAAAAAAGGAAGCCUAGAGAUUUAAAAUAAUAAUAAUGAUAAUAAUGAAAUACCUUACUAGGAGUGAUACUUAAUAUCAUGUUGGAGUUGGAGUUUUCAGGGUUCCCUCUCUAUGUAAAGUCUAAUAACUUUCUAUUAGAUAUAAUACACAAGUUAAAUGGGUUUGUCCUGAGGUAUAGUGGGUAAACUAAAAUCUAUUCUUAGAUAUCCUUCAAUUUGGUUAGCUGAGGGUGUAGAAACAACUAAUUAUCUAGCCAUUUUAAUUAUUUUUGUAAAAUUCUGCAUAAAUGAUAAUCUCUAACUUCUAUCUAGAAAUGACUUUAAGACAGCGUUAUGAGAAAUUUAGAAAAUACAAAUAAAAUAUUGUAGAUUUCUUAGCCUUUUAGCAUGUGUUGAAUAUGAAGUCUUUUAGUAUGUGUUGAUUAUGGUUUCAUUUUUGCUGUGAGAGGCCAAGACAUCCACUUAAUGUCUCCCGUGGUGCUGAGGCUCCUUGGCUUUGUGAACAAACUUGGGCUCCCUGUAAUAGGGCUUACUAGCGCAUAGUUUUCUCCAGCCUUCAGUGCAAGCCUUUCAUCACUCAGAUCUUCUUACAAAAACAUGAGGUGGUUAGCUCCCAUUUACUUACUGUUUUGAGAGAUAUACUUGUUAAACAAGGCUUUUUUCCUGUGGUAGCUUUCUCUAUCCUUUCUCAUUCCUGGCCAUUGCCAUAAAACUGUCAGGUAGUUUACCAGACUUGCUAGAGCCCAGGACUGUCUUUCUGCCUGCUUCCCCUUCUGCCCCCGCCCCCACUUUCCACAUACACACCAUAAUGGGAAAAAUGCUUUCUUGGGUAAUUAGGCUUCAACUUAGAUAUUUUCACAUAUACUAGCUAAAGAUUAUCAUUUAACUAACUGUAAUUCCAAGACUUUGUAAGCCUAAACAAGUAAGCUUCGCUGUUUUGCUUACUUAAUAUAUAUAUUAUGGUUUUAAAAAGUGAAGUCUUAAAGUCAGUCAGAAUUAAUUAUACUAAAACACAGAAAAAGUUACACAACAUGUGAAAGAAAGUACUGCUUCACUUAGCAAGUAAAUUGAUGAAACCAAAUGAUGGUGAAGAAUGAGAAAUUCUAAAAACUUCAAAUUAGUUUUUGAUAAAUUCCUUCCUGAUUGAUCUGUCAUACACAAGGGAAACUUUAUAUGCUUUUAUAUCCUUAACUUUUAAAAAAACAUUUCAGAGCAGCAGUUCUUAGUGCCAGUGUGUAGGAUAUAGACCUGGGUUGAAUGAUUUUGAUCUUAUGAUGAAUGUCAAGUGCCUCUUUUUAAUUUCUUAAAGAUUCCAUUAGAAAAUAUUUUCUGAUUAAUAAUACUUUCCUUUUCAUUCUACUGUUGCAUUUUGUUUUUACAGGUGGUGCUUUUGUAUACUCUCCUCUUAUUUCAACGAAGCAUUAAUAUUUGAGUGCCUAUUCUUUGUAGUGAAUUGAGCUAGAUCUUGAGGGAUACAAGGCUGAAUAAAGUAUAGAUCCUAUUAUCAAGGGUAACAGUCUAGUGACAGUUUUAUUUCAAUUAUUUCUAUAGGGUCAGCUCUUGAUAUAUUUUAACCACAGGAACAGCCAGAGCAGUCCAGACUCAUUUCAUUAUUCAUUGCUCUGACAGUGGCAACAAAGGGUAUUGUAUACUGAUAUUUGAAAUUUUAAAAUAUAUGAUAAUUUGGAGAGAGUGAAAAAAAUUUUAACGGGAGAGACAUACAUUCAUUAUUCUAAUUUAAGUAUUUCUCAGUCGUGUGUGUGCUCAUGUCUUACUCUUAGUGUUGUGGCGAUUAAGUACAGCUUCCUCUAUAUAUGUUCUUUUAAAGAAAACUUUAGGGCUUCCCUGGUGGCGCAGUGGUUGAGAGUCUGCCUGCCGAUGCAGGGGACACGGGUUCAUGCCCCGGUCCGGGAA